AUGUUCUUCCACGCUUGCACAACAGCAGCCCUCCUCGCCCUCGUCCCUGCCACACUAGCAGCAUCGCAGGUCUCCCCCAGCGGGUCUGGCCGAAUCGACGUUUAUUUAUUUCUCGCCAAAGAAGCGACCGGCUGUCUGACUGAUGCUGGACAAUGGACGACAGAUACCAGCCAAUGCGCAGCCGUCACGGCCAACGGCGAUGGCGGCAUCAACACCGGCAGUGGAUGGUUGACUGUGGCUGAUUCGACGCUGACCACCUCAUCGGCCCCUAAUGCGAACUGGACGGGGACGCUGGCUAGUGACGAGAAGAAUGUAAAGCAUCUCGAGGUGGAUGUGGACGGCACCGAAGAAGGAUGGAUGUGGCAUGGCUAUCAGAUUCCCGAGGCGACGGAUUCCAGAGAGAUCAGCAGCAAGAAGAAGACUAAUCUGCAUGAUCUGACUCUGCUUUUUGUUCCUACUUGA